GCGGAGGCUUCAGGAUUGCGCUCCCUCCACUCACCCGCAGUCUCAGUCUUUGGGUGCAGACACUCCGUGCCACCCCCUACCCCCCUUCUGUUUUAGGACACACUGCUGGUAUCUGGUCUUGAGAUAUUAAGGUUUCUGGGGAAAUGUCUAUACUCUAGUCUCUGGAGACAGCCCGGGACUGUUUUCACCUUAAGGCAGAGACAGUUUUUACGCACACAGUUACAAGAAAAUGGGAACACGCUCUAAGUAAGGGGCAGCACUUUCCUUAAGUGUAACCUGUAGGAACCAUUCAAAAGACUACUAAGGCUGCCACGUUUCUCAUCUGCUACUCUGAUCUGGACCAACAGAAGCUCCCAUCUUCCAAACGACUCUACUGCCUACAUUUUAAGACAAAUCCUUAUCAGAUCCUUUGACCAAAAUGAAGGGGGAAACAAACAGCAAGAGAAACUGACAAUCAAAGUCAAAGAAUAAAAGCACUGUGGGCUGACGCUGGCCUUUAGCCACCUAAACACUGCUACCACAUGACUGCCUUAAAUGAUGUGCACCCUCUGCUAAAGGCUUGAAUUAAAUGUUUAAGGCCUCAGCAAUCACUAACGAGGAUAUUCCAGGAAGAGGACAUAAGUAUCGCCUUAAAUUUGCUGUUGAAGAAAUUAUACAAAAACAAGUUAAGGUGAACUGCACAGCUGAAGUACUUUACCCUUCAACGGGACAAGAAACUGCACCAGAAGUCAACUUCACAUUUGAAGGAGAAACUGGAAAGAAUCCAGAUGAAGAAGACAACACAUUUUAUCAAAGACUCAAGUCCAUGAAGGAACCGCUAGAAGCACAAAAUAUUCCAGACAAUUUUGGAAAUGUAUCUCCAGAAAUGACACUCGUUCUACAUUUAGCCUGGGUUGCCUGUGGUUAUAUAAUAUGGCAAAAUUCUACUGAAGACACAUGGUAUAAAAUGGUAAAAAUUCAAACUGUCAAGCAAGUGCAAAGAAAUGAUGACUUUAUUGAAUUAGACUACACCAUUCUACUUCAUAAUAUAGCAUCUCAGGUAAAGUAUAAUUUACCUUUAUUUGAUGCCAUUCUGAAAACUGAGACUCCUUGUAUAGCCACGGUAUGCUUUAUUAAUUUUGACUCUAAAUCAGAAUUCAUGUAAAUCCAGAUAGGCACCAGAUUUAAGUAUAAUUGUAGCAAUUUAACAAAAGUACUAUUCUUUGUGAAGACUGUUUUAUCUCUAACAAAAUAUAAACCCAACUACAUUUUCCUAAAUGUUUUCUGAAUUUUAUCAUGGCAUUAAUUUUCUUCACUUGCAGGAGAUUAUUCCCUGGCAAAUGCAAGUUCUCUGGCAUCCACAAUACGGCACUAAAGUAAAACAUAAUAGCCGUCUGCCAAAGGAAGUACAACUGGAAUAAACAAAAACCCUAACACUGGAAGUGUAAACAUGUCUAUUAAUGAUGUGUAUGCCAAUUUCACUGGCAUCUAGCUUAUGAGGCCAAAUAAUCCCAAAGUGUCACUUUAUAUAAAUGUCUUGAUUACAGUAUAGAACUUUAUAGAGUCCAUAAUACAAAGUAUCACUAUAUAAAAAUGUCUUUACAACAGUAAUAGUGGUAUGUAUAUCCAAAAUAAAAAGCUUCAAUUUCAGCCUCA